AUGGGCUGCUUUGGAGGAGAAAGAGAAAAGGGCCCGCCCGAGCACAAGCAAAAGUGGGAGUUCAUCAACCUCUCCGACUUCAAGAGCCGAUCAUGCUGGACGCCAAUCGCAUACUUCUGGCUGUGGUGCAUGGCCUUCGUCAGCAUCGCAGUCUACGGAGUCGACACCUUCACAGCCGUCAACCUGCUGGUCUUUGACAAGUGGAGCUCGCAGGUCGACCCGUGGAUACCCUUCCAAUACAGCAAGUGGAUCUUUGCGAUAUGCAUCCUGCUAUCCUGGGCUCUGUGCAUCUACGAAUGGCUGCGAGCGAUCAGAGUCAUCAAAAGAGGUGGUGUGGCGGCAAGCUACAUGGACCCGCUGGGCGCCUCUUUGCAGAGCAUGAGACCGAAGGGCUGGAAAAGGUUCCUGGUCUUCACGGAACUCACGAAGAGCAAGAAGGGCACCGACUACGUCGCCUUCUUCGUAUACUUCGCAUUUCAAGGAGCCCUCCGGGUCAUCAUCUGCGAAGGCCCAAGACAAGUCGUCAACGGGCUGACCAUCGGCUCGCUGUUCGAGUCGAAACUCAUCAAUCAGAAGGCCACGCAAGACAAGGAACCGCUGGAUCAAUUCUUCCUCAACAUCAAAGCUCUGGCGGACGAGAACCUUCAGCAGGUCCUCAUUCUGGGGUCUAUGCUGUUCACCCUCAUCAUCUGGAUCUUCAGCGCCAUCUGCUUGGCGAUCGCCGCCAUCUUAUACCUUGUCUUCCUGUGGCACUACAUCCCACAGCGCGACGGAAGGCUGAGGAUUUAUUGCCGAAGGAAGAUUGAUCGGAGAUUGGAGAGAAUCGUUGAAGAGAGGACACGGGAUGCGAUUGAAGAAGAGAACAAGCAGAAGGAGAAGGAGGAGUGGAAGGCGGAAAUGAAGAGGCAGAAGACCGGGGAGCUUGCACCACCCGCGCCUCCGAAGAUCGCCAGGCAACCGACCUUGCCUCAGUUGGGUGAGACACCGAAGCUUGAGCAAGAAGCGAAGAUGUCGGAGGGUGGCCUGCAGCGGCAAGAUACCAGUACCACCGUCUCGACAUUGCCGCGUUACACCAGCCGGCCUUCCACAAGCCAGGGGAUGCAGAGGCAGCCUACUGUACCCGAUCUUGCUUCUGGUGGCGACCGCCCGACAAUGUCCCGAAAUGCCUCUGGAUGGAGUGAAGUGAGCUGUGAGUCCGAUGCACCUCUGCUGCCGAAUGCUGGCUACGCCGGGGAAGGCGGGAGGGCAUCGCCAGCUCCCACGUACUACUCUCGCCAGGACUCCAAUGCGUCCUUCAACCGGCGGCCAGCGCCUGGUCGCAACAUGUCGCAGAGCACUCAAGCCUCGCAGCGCUCUUUUACUCCGGUGAGCCGGGUAAACACGCCCGGGUCUGAGCGAUCUUUCACGCCGAUGAAUCAGAGGCCACCCAUGCCAGGCGUACGCUUUCCUGUAAGAUCAAACACCGGCUUCAGCUUCGACCGGGACCAGCGCUCUGCUUCAAGCCCGAUCUCACCACCCGACGUCUACGGACGCCCUAUGGUACCUACCAUGCGCUCAGCAACAGAGCCACCCCGUGCCUCUGGACUCUCACGCGAGGACAGCAAUACGUCGUACUUCAACCGCCCCGUAGCCGGGACACCAGCCCCCGGCAUCGAGCGCAAACCCACAUUCGGCAGCCUACACAGCCACAAUUCCUCCUUCAGCAGACCUAUCCCACGCAACCCGAGCCAAGCGAGCAGUUUCCACCGCCCCUGUUCGCCGGAGAACGCGCCUCCCGCGACGAAUAGCUACGAGAUGACUUCGCAACCUUCGUACACUCCAGCUCCCAGGGCGACGAGCGGCGCCGGUGGGUACGUGGCGUUCAACCCCGGCAUGCACAAAGCUUCAUCGACACCUGCCCCGCAGCAAGCGCAGGGCGUGCCGCCGAGAGCCGCUACGGCGCCGAAUUCGAAUCGGUUGACGACGGGGUAUGCAGAUAUCUUGGACGAUUAUGGGGGCGGGGAGGAGGACAGGGGGCCACCUCCAAGGUCGUACACUGCUGGGCCUGCACAUACGCCGGGUUGGCAGGGGAGGUUCUAG